AUGUAUCCUCAGCCCAUCCUCGCUGUUUGCGCGCUCGCCUUGCCGGCUUUUGCGAGCCUCGCGAAGGAGACCAUUGGCUGCUACUCCAAGGUCAAUUCCCCGACGGCCCAGAGUGAAUUCGAGUUUAUGUCCCUGGAAUAUUGCACGAACAAGUGCUCCAGACUUGGAUACCGCAUUUCCGCUCUGAGCGAUGGCAGCCAGUGCUCGUGCGGUAACGAGCUUCCUUCCGAGUCCGACAAAGUCGACGACGACAAGUGCGACACUCCCUGCCAGGGCUUCCCCGCGGAUAUGUGCGGCGGCGACCACCUCUUCACCGUCCUCACCACGGCCGAAUACUCCGCCGCGGACUCAAGCUCUAACUUGAGCUCGUCGUCCGAGCCUAACCCCAACACCUCUGGCUCUGGCUCAGGCUCCGACGAAAUCGUGACCAUGACCAAAGCAAUCCCGUCGACAGCUGGCGGCGGCAUCGUCGUCGCCCCAACAAACAUCGACGAGUCCAACCUGCCUACCGGCAUCCUGACCGCACCAGCCUCAAUGGUCUCCAAGGCCAGCACGGUCAUCGCCACGGCGAAGGUAACCUCUGCCCCGGCCAUCGCUACAGCAAGCACAAGCUCCACGCCCUCCUCCACCCCCAACGCAGCCAAUACCCUCCGCGCCGGCCACGUCGCCGGUGUCCUGGUUGCUGGCCUGGGUCUGCUUCUAUGA